AGGCUUUGAAUAAAGUGCAAGUGCAGAAAAUGGACAAAUAAGAUUUACAUCUUCUCCUCCGGCUCUCAAAGCGCAUCGACGGUGGAGGAGCAGGGAAAAAAUCAGCAAAGUUUGGUGGGAUCUCAUGUAAGCGAGAGAGAGAGAGAGCAGCGUCAAGCAAAGAACCAUGAAAGCGACAUGACGCAGCCAGCACCAUGGAAAGCGCAGACAAGAACAUUUCUAUCCCUAGCGCAGCACAUGGAAGCAGCGCCGAAAGCGAGCUCGCAGCUCUGUUGCACGAAGCGACGUGAGGAAGACGAUUAGCUGAUUUCUGGCCGCGUGAUGCUAAUCGGACGGCAACCGAUUUCUGGCAUGCAGAACGGGCGACCGACGCCACGAGCCUAUCGACUAGCUUCUCUCGAGCGUGUGUCGUCCAAAGAGAAAUCACUCGCGCUGCCUCCCCUCGCGUCUCGUCAGGACACCCAACCUGCCGCCGUGCGCUUCUUUCCGGUGAAUUCCUCAGCAUACCGGCGGUUCGCCCCGGCGCCGGCGCGCGGUGGUGGACAUCAGCAGCUUCUCCACAGUGCCUAUUCUUAAGUUAAAAUGAGUGGUGAUUGGUGCGGACCUACUAUCAAUACGAUCAUAACUCCAUGCUACAAUCCUCUUGCAAAGCAUGUAUCGUAUUGCUUCAUGGCUGGCUCAAAAGUGAGGGACCACAGGAUAGAAAUUGAGGCUCUGAAACUCAAACAGGUAGCCGUCCAACAGAAGAUUCGAGACGACGAGCAUACGUUGGAAGCUGUUCCAACAGACCAGGCAAGAUUAUGGCUGGAAUCGGCGAAUAGAGUUGUAUCUGAAGAAGAGGCAAACCACCUUCUGUUCGAACAGAGGUACCGAUUAUGCGGGUGCUUCUACCCAAAUUUCUUGGAAAACUAUAAGAUCAGUAAGCGGGCAGAUGAGCAGCAGAAACAGGUAAAAUCAAUCAUGAGUAAUGCACCAGGCGAUAAUAAUAUCACACGUGCGCCAGAUCCACGUCGUGUCGAGAGUAUGCUCGUAGAUCCUGCUCCUAUGCCGCAAAGCAGAGAGGUUAUUCUCGAGGAUGCUCUCCGGUUCAUCAUGAGCAAUGAUCCCAAUGAGGGGAAAAUUGGAAUGUGGGGUCCAGACAAAGAUGAUAACACAAAUCUCCUCAAGCAUAUCAACAAUUCAUUUCUGGAACAAAGUCUCUUCGAUUUUGUUAUCUUUGUUCCAAGCCCCAGCGAUUGCUCGGUAACAAAUAUUCAAUCUGAAAUCAUAAGCAGGCUCGGUAUGAAGCAGGAUGGUAAUGAGGCAACUCGAGCCACCAGGAUACAUGGACAGCUUGAGAAUAAAAAUUUCCUCCUGAUUGUGGAUGACCUCCGUCAGAAUCUGGACCUUCGAGCCGUUGGCAUUCCAUAUCCUCUUGGAUUCGUGGGAGAGAAGAAGAGGAAAGUGGUAAUCAUGUCACUGUCAGGAUACAGAUCCGUAGGUAAUCUGAUGGGUGUGAACAAAUAUAUUGAACUGCCUAUUUUGCAAGAGGAGGAAGCACGCGAGCUAUUUAGACAGUCAAUAAAUUACCAAGGAGAUCUUUAUUCUGAUCCCCGCAUUGGAACACAUGCUACUGAUCUGGUACGGGCAAUAAAUGGCCUGCCAUCGGAACUGGUACGUUAUGGGAAGUCAAUGCAUGGAAUAAUGGAUGCAAGUUCCUGGAAAGUUGCUAUAGAUGAUGCAGCAAGUAAAUUUUCUAGGUUACGUUCGAUAAAAGACACUCUCUGUCUCAUUGAGGAUGAUCCCACGUUGGGAGUAAUUGGAAUAUGGGGUCCAGGUGGAGUGGGCAAAACACAUCUUCUGAAAAAAAUCCUGGGCUUUUUCAGAGGAAGGAUGACUGUUAUAUGGGUGACGGCCUCCAAGGAAUGUUCAAUGUUAGAGGUCCAAACACAAAUUUUAGACGAGCUAAAACUGGAAGGGGAUGGCAAUGUGGGAACCCAAAGUAGCAUGAUUCGUGGCUUCCUGGAGAAUAAAAACUUGUUGUUACUGUUGGAUGACCUUUGGGAAAGAAUUGAUCUGGAAGCAGUUGGCUUACCACUUCCCCUUGGAAUUGAACCUUUGAGCAAACUAAAGAGAAAAGUUGUGCUCACAACAAGAUUUAGAUCCGUUUGUGGCGGGAUGGAGGUGAAAAAACAGAUUAAAGUUCCAUAUCUGCAGGAGAAUGAGGCAUGGGAGCUAUUCAGAGAGAAGGUCGGAGACCAAACUCUUUUUUCUCCUGGUAUUGAGGAUCGUGCAAGAAUACUUGUGACUGAAAUGAAGGGCUUGCCUUUAGCUUUGGUAACUGUGGGAAGGGCAAUGUAUGAGAAAUUUUGUCCAGAUCAAUGGGAUUCUGCCAUCCAACAUAUGAAAAAUUCAUGUUGCAUUGACACAAAUGAAGACCCCCUGGAGAUGGAGAAAGAAGUUUUUAGAACGAUCAUGUUUAGCUAUGAUAGCUUGAAAAGCGAGAGGUUGAAGAACUGUUUCUUGACUUGUGCACUGUGGCCAGAGGAUAGGCAGAUUCACAGGGAAGAGCUCGCUCGAUGCUGGAUUGGGUUAGGUCUAGUGGAUGUGGGGGACAUACAAAGUCCCUACACAAAAGCUUAUAGUCUGAUGGACGACCUUAUAGGUGCAUGUCUGUUAGAGGGCGUUGGAAAAUCGAAUCAUCAUGUCAAACUACAUGAUGUGAUUCGUGAUAUGUCUUUAUGGAUCUCUUGUGGCUGUGGUGAGAACAAUGGCAACUGGUUUGUCCGUGCAGGAGUUGGCCCAGAUGAAAAUUUUGGCAUCCCUUGGAGCAGUGCAGAAUGCAUCUCAUUAAUGUUCAACAGGAUGAAGAAACUUCCUUUUAUUUGUGAUCCGCUGAAACUGAGGGUCUUAUUCCUUCGAGGCAAUAUGUGGGAUGAAACAAUAAUAGAUGGAGUACUUGUGAAUUGCUCUAAACUGACAUAUCUGGACUUGAGCCGUAAUAGACUCAAGGGGAUAUCUGAAAGCUUAUGUCGCCUGACAGAAUUGAAGCAUCUCGAUUUGUCAGAUAAUCGGAAGAUAGAGGAAGUGCCUCACAGCUUUGGAAACCUCAUUAAGCUCAAGUUCCUGUACCUGCAGGGCAAUGACAUAGAAAAAAUACCAAAUGAGGUCAUAUCUAGACUUGAAGCAUUGGAAAUAAUACACGUGGAUCUUAUCUUGGUGUCUGAUUGUAUUAGAUCUAAUGUAUAUAGAGAGUUGGCCACACUGAAUCACUUGAAAGUUGUUAAUACAUUAGUAGGACUUUCAGAUACAUGGACAUCACUUCAUGAUGCGGCUGACCUACCCAUUCGGUCUUUAAUUCUGGCACCAUCUGCUGAAAAAAAGGAAUUCCAUCUUUAUGAUAUUUUAUCAUUGGACUUCGCACAAACGACCUUGUAUGAACUGUAUAUUGAAGGCGGCCAGGAUCUGACAGAUAUAACAUUAAUACGUAGGCCUGAACAACAACCCUACAGUUUUGGUGUUCUCAAUAAGCUGAUCAUGCGUCGUUUGGCAGCAUUGACAACAGUAAAAUGGAUGGGAACAUCUCCAACAUAUGUAUUUCCAUGGCUCACUUGUUUGAAAGUGUCACGCUGCACCAAGCUAUUGAACCUGUCUUGGGCGAUGUAUCUGCCUUGCCUUGAAAAACUCAAUGUACGCGUCAGUAAUAGCAUGCGGAAGGCUUUUACAAGGUAUCAUGUUGACAACGUGUGGAGUGGACAAGAGAGUUCCCAGACAUUUCCUUGCCUCAAGCACCUUUGUCUUGAGUACUGCAAAAGGCUGGUCACUAUUGCGGAUCCUGAUGUGGCAUUCCCAUCCCUAGAGUUGCUGGAGAUUAGAGGUUGUCCAGAGCUGAAGAAGCUUCCUUUUGACAUGGCCAGCUUGCCACAAAGUCUGAAGGUUCUACGGAUGGAUUAUACUGAAUCCUGGGAGCGAUUGGAAUUGGAAGAAGAUGUCAGAUCUUUCCUUCAACCCAGACUUCAAUAUAGAUACCGAUAAAUACCAUGAGCAAACAGUCCAUUCCAUAUCUGUAUCUCGGCUGGGAGUGUUAUCAGGCAUGUUUAUACAGCGUGCACGGAAAUGCUCCUUUGGGCUCCAGAGUUGUCAUCGUCUUUGCUCUGCAUUUUCCUUUCCCUGUGUUUUGAGUUUCAGUUUCGUCAGGUCCUGUGUUCUGAGCUGGACGUACAAGUAUUGUAAGCCAGAGACGUGAUGUGUUCACGCUGCGUUGGUUGUUGUUGGCGGUAAUUUACGACAAUGUUUCUUCUUG